CACGGAUGAUCCACUGCUGCUAGAAACAGGAGCCCGUUAGACGAAAGCUUCUUCUAUUCCGUCCAAGACCGUUUGAAACCGUACGGAACCAUUCAAACUUUUGGAUCAGAAUCUACUUUAAUAACCCCUCCCCGGACAUCCUGUUUUUUCUUUCUCGUAAGACUUCAUAAGUGUGGAAAAUUGGGACUUGAAACAUUGAACAGCAUUUUGUGUUUCCCGGAUAGUCUCCUGGCUAACACCCGGGAUGUACCAAGUCCCUCGUCACGCGCGGCAAAAAUUGUUCUGGUUUUUAUGUUUUGUCCUUGUUUUCAUAUCUUGGGGAUUUGUAUUCUGGACAGGAGCUGUGAUAGUUAAGCGAAACUUAGAGUCCAACUGAUAAAAUAUCAUUCUGAAUUUUCAAGUUGUUGAAUGGAACUCAUUGAUCCCCAAAAUCCCAGGCUUUUAACAAAUCUCGAAGUUCUGAAGCUUAUCAAAGAUAAACUUGAAUCUAAAAAGAAAGUCAGGCGCCAGCAAACGCUAUUGUAUACGGGCGCAAAGUAUUUAAAUACCAAAUCACCUUGUAGCAAACAGACAGAAUCAGGAGUACAGGGAUUUGCUAAUGAUGUCAAGGUAUUUAAUUUAACAAAAUCUGAGAUUCUUAUGCUUAUCAAUCACUGUCCCAGUAGUCAAGUGGAGCUAUCAAUAAUCAGUGAUUUGGAUUCUCGAUUAUCUAACAGUCAAACUGACCAACUCUUACAAUUAGUAGAAAAGCAUUUUCCCGAUGGUGUUACUGCAAGUCAAAUGAUCAAUUCCACUGGUACAUUAGAGGCAUCUGAAGAUAUAUAAUUAUUAUUACUUAUAUUUAUCUCCCAUCCUAACAUAAAUACAUCUUACUAGUCUUUCA